AUGAUUCGCCGGUCGAUUUUUGAAAAUGGAAAACGCUGGCUGUCAACUAGACGAUUUUAUUCAACAGCGACCCCUUCAAUUGAGAAGCACCCGGAUGCAUUGAAACGAUUUAUUGUGGACAAAAUCAAGUCAACCGGGCCAAUUACUGUGGCUGAAUACAUGAAACUUGCCGUCAGCUCACCUAGUGUUGGAUAUUAUUCCCGAUUCUCUGAACGAAAACAGGUUUUUGGUGAAAAGGGUGAUUUCAUUACGGCUCCAGAAUUAACACAAAUGUUUGGCGAACUGAUUGGAAUUUGGUGUUAUCACGAGCUGGCCAACACAGGUUAUACUGGGGAUUGGUUUCUCGUCGAAAAUGGCCCAGGUACAGGUCAAUUGAUGUUUGAUGUCCUUUCGUCUCUGCACAAAUUUCAAGAAAAGAAAGUCUCAAUUCAUCUCGUUGAAACUGCAAAUGCUCUAAUUGAUGCUCAGGAGAAAACGUUAUGUGGAUCCAACUCACCCAAUCUUGAUUCAAAUGCGGCUUAUAUUCGAAAAAAUCAAACAACUAAUGGCUUUCCAAUCUUCUGGUACAAUAACAUUGAUGAUAUACCUGGAAACUUCUCGGUUUUUAUCUCUAAUGAAUUUUUGGAUGCCCUUCCAAUACAUCAGUUUCAGAAGUGUUCGAAAUGGCAUGAAAUUUAUGUGAAUUUGAACCAUGCGAACGAGCUUAUUUUUAUGAUAUCUCCCGGUGAAAACUUACACACUAGAGGACUUCUACCAGAAAAUGUUCGUCAGUCGGAGAAACAAAUUUGGGAAAUCGCUCCAGAAGCAGGAAUUUAUGUGAAUCAAAUUGUGGAAAGAAUGGUUUCUUUUGGUGGCUUUGCUCUGAUAAUCGAUUAUGGACAUGAUGGCACCAGAGAUACCUUUUCUUUGCGAGCUUAUAGCCAACACCAAGAGACCGAUCCGCUGUUGAACCCAGGCCAAGUGGACAUGACAGCCGAUGUCAACUUUGGAUAUUUACGAUCUCUUGUAGAUGAUCGUUCGCUUGUAUUUGGACCGCAAACGCAAAGAGAAUUCUUUGGGCAACUUGGCAUUCAGCAUCGUCUUAUGCAACUCCUGAAAUCUUGUAACGAACGGGAAAAGCAAGAAGAUUUAAUAAAGGGAUACAAUUAUCUUCUCGGAGAAAUGGGAGAACGCUUUAAAGUUUUGUCACUUUUUCCAAAGACACUUCAAAGCAUCAUGGAAAAAAGAAAAGGACCUGCUGGAUUUGCAAAA